AUGGGCAAUGCUCGUCUAAUGUCAUUCAUGUCACAAACAUCUACUCGUCUCAGUACCUUCAUAUCUCUUGGCUUGUCGUGGCUUGUCGUAUGGAAAUCGAAUCUGGAGCCGUUAAUUUUCCCGACUGUUUUUUUCGAUUGCAUGGCUAGCUUUGGAUAA